CUGGAGGGUCGGCACCCCGGGUCCUGCUGGCCUUUUUGUGUCCCCGUUAGGAACUGGGGUUUGAGGCUGCGACCCAGGCUGGGUGGGCAACGCAACGGGCUGGGGGCUGCGGGCAGUGCUGGGCAGGGCUCUGCCUGCUGCGGGGUGUGCGGUGGCAGCACCAUGGGGUGGUAGGGCAGUGUGUGCCCCACUGAACCCCACUGCACUCCACUGCACCCCGCAUCCCCAGUCUCUCUCCAUUGCCGUUCUGCUCCUGUUUGCUGGGGCUAGACCUGGAGCUGUGACCCCACUGCUGCCACCAAACCCCUGCCUGUGCCCACCCUGCAGGGCUGGCCCUGGCUCCGAGCACGGUGGCCUUGGCACAGAGGCCAUCAUGGUGGCAGUCGUGCGAGCAGGCUGCCAGGGACCCUGCUCCUGGGAGGGGGGCAGAGCCUCAGGAUGGGGUGCAGGAUGCAGUGGGACCCCCGGCUUCUCUUGAGAGCCCUGUGGUCCUUCACGCCGCACACAGCCUGUGUCCCGGUGCUCUUGGUGUCCCUGUGUCCUGGUGCUCUCAGUGGCCCUGCACCCCCCUGCUCCGGCAGCUGCUGCUGCAGGUGCGUUUGACUUGGUUUUGGGACUAUUUGGCCACUGAAAUGCUGCCACAUUCCCAUCGCCGUACAGAACACCUGUGCUGUGGUGAUGGGGAAGGGCAGUGCUGGCAGCCCCGGCAGCGGGAUGGUGGCGGUGGGUCGCAGUGGUGGUGGGUCAUGGUGGCGGGUCACGGUGGUGGUGGUGGCCCCGCCACAGCACAGAACCUGCCCAGGCUGCGCUGGUGAUGGCUCCCAGGUCGCUGGUUGCGCAGGUGGAGAAACUGAGGCAGGAGCAGCUGGAGCUCCCAGGCCCGCUGGUUCGGAGGGUGGUUUGUUUGCAACGCCGGUUCCCGAGCUGCAGCCGAGGGGCGGCUCAGCUGACGGUCCCCAUGGAAAGGCUCCUGUCACCGCGCUCUGCUCCCCGUCGGCGUUCAAAAGGCUCUUUUUCAACGGCACCCCCCUUAGCGAGCUCUCCUGGUCCUCCUCGCUGGCUGUCGUGGCCGUUUCCUUCUCGGGGCUCUUCACCUUCAUCUUCCUCAUGUUGGCCUGCCUGUGCUGCAAGAAGGGGGACAUCGGCUUCAAGUUGUCUCUGCUCGGUGUGUGCCCCCCCGCGCACUCCCCGGCCCAGGAGUUCGAGAACGCCGAGGGGGACGACUACGUGACGGAGCUGUCAGCCCAGGGCUCGCCUGCCCCCCAGCAUGGCCCCGAGGUCUAUGUGCUGCCCCUCACCAAGGUCUCCCUGCCCAUGGCCAAGCAGCCGGGGCGCUCAGUGCAGCUCCUCAAGUCUGCGGACCUGGGGCGGCAGAGCCUGCUCUACCUGAAGGAGAUCGGGCACGGCUGGUUCGGCAAGGUGUUCCUGGGGGAGGUGAACUCGGGCAUCAGCAGCACCCAGGUGGUGGUGAAGGAGCUGAAGGCGAGCGCCAGCGUGCAGGACCAGAUGCAGUUCCUGGAGGAAGCGCAGCCCUACAGGGCCCUCCAGCACACCAACCUGCUGCAGUGCCUGGCCCAGUGUGCCGAGGUCACCCCGUACCUGCUGGUGAUGGAGUUCUGCCCGCUGGGUGACCUGAAGGGGUACCUGCGGAGCUGCCGGGGGGCCAAGGCCAUGACCCCGGACCCGCUGACGCUGCAGAGGAUGGCGUGCGAGGUGGCCUGCGGUGUCCUGCACCUGCACAGGAACAACUACAUCCACAGCGACCUGGCCCUGCGGAACUGCCUGCUCACCGCAGACCUGACCGUCAAGAUCGGGGACUAUGGGCUCUCGCACUGCAAGUACAAAACCCUGCAUACUUGGCAGGACGACUACUUUGUGACAGCCGACCAGCUGUGGGUGCCGCUGCGCUGGAUCGCGCCCGAGCUCAUCGACGAGGUGCACGGCAACCUGCUCAUCGUGGACCAGACCAAGGCCAGCAACGUCUGGUCGCUGGGCGUCACCAUCUGGGAGCUGUUUGAGCUGGGCAGCCAGCCGUACGACCACUACUCCGACCGGCAAGUGCUGGCCUAUGCCAUCAAGGAGCAGCAGCUCAAGCUGCCCAAGCCACAGCUGAAGCUCUCGCUGUCGGAGCGCUGGUACGAGGUGAUGCAGUUCUGCUGGCUGCAGCCGGAGCAGCGCCCGACGGCCGAGGAGGUUCAUCUGCUGCUCUCCUACCUCUGCGCUAAAGGGACGACGGAGGCCGAGGAGGAGUUUGAGAAGCGCUGGAACUCCAUGAAGCCCAACGGCAACGCCAGCGCCAGCCACCACGGUGCCGAGCUCUCCUCCUUCCCGCUCCUGGAGCAGUUCUCGGCUGACGGCUUCCCCUCGGACGGGGACGACAUCCUCACCGUCAUGGAGACCAGCCACGGCCUCAAUUUCGAGUACAAGUGGGAGCACACCAAGACUGAGCACUUCCAGGCGCCCCUGGGCUCCCUGAGCCCCAGCAGUGCCGCCCGCUACCACGACCUCUACUACCCAGCCACGACCGCGGGGCACCUCAGCCUGGGGGUCUCUCCCUCCUGCUACGAGUGCCAAGGGCCAGGCUGCCCUGCGCUGCCGGCCCCCGGCGUGGUGCCCAUCCUGGGCGCCCACAGCCCCUCGCUGGGCAGCGAGUACUACAUCCGCAUCGAGGGGCCCGGCGAGGGCAGUGCCGAGCUGGACUACGCCAUGUGCACGUACAGCCCCGCGGGCGAGCAGGGUUCCCCUCGCCCCCCGUCCUGCUGGAGAGCCCAGGGUGCCCCCGGCAGCGGCACCUACGACUCAGACAGCAGCCCCACCGUGUCCCUCAGCAUGGAGCCGCUGCUGGGCCACGUGCCAGCCAGCGAGGGCUCCUGGGAGUGUGCUGAGUACUAUCCCUACCCUUGCCCGGGGCAGGAGCCGGGGGGCUACGAGCCGCCCCCCAGCCGUGGGGCAGAGGGAUACCUGCUGGAGAAUGAGCCCCCCCAGCCGGGCAGCCAGGACUGGCCCAUCCCCGGCUUCCAGCCCAGCAUCUUCACCGACCCGCUGGGUGUCUCUCCGUUGGUGAACUGUGCGUACAGCCCGCGGGCGUACGGGGAGCCACGGGCAGCCCCGCCAGGUGCGUGGCCACCGGCACAGAGCGCGGCCCGGCCAGACUGCGUGACCCUGGAGCUGAGCGAGGACUCUCCCCCCGGAGCCCCCCACCCGCAGGGCUCCAGCCCCCCGGCUCAGCGGCAGCCCUGGGCCUCCAACAGCUCCUCCAACAACAACAUCAGCAGCGGGAGCCCCGCAUCCCGCGAGCCCCCGGCCGGGGACAGCUGGUGCUACCGCCGCAUGAUCACCUUUCGUGGGCUGAUGGCCAAGCCGCUGGGCACCGUGCUGUGCGGCCAGCCCCAGCUUGGGGGGUCCCCGCUGGGCCGCGACUUCCACCGCCCCUGGCAGGAUCAGCCCCUUGGCACGGCCGGCGGCUCCUCCUCCCCGCACCGCUCGCCCUCCCCGCGGCGUCAGGCCUGGCACAGUCGUGACUCAUCAACCUGCGGCCGCUCGCAGGCAGCAGCACUGGCUGGCAGCCCCGGCACGCCGUGGGGCCCCGGCACGGCCCCGCCAGCCGCAGCGGGGGCCCAGCACGAUGCCCACCUGGACGAGAGCACGGAGGGGAGCAGCCCUGCCCGCAGCCCACUGCCCCAUGCCGCAGCUGCGCCGGGGCCGGGGGAGGCCACCCCCAUGGCUGGCACUGCCACCCCAAACCCCGCUCCCCCCAUCGAGCCCAGCGUAGAUGGUGCCCAGCCUGUGCCGGAGGUGCCUGCGCCAGUGCCGGGGGAGGCGGCUGCUGAGAGCAGCACGUGUGCUGCUGGUGACACAGACCGGACACCGGACAAGACCUUCUCCAGCGCCAGCUUCCCCAGCACGGAUGAGGGGAGUGACGAGGACACGGCGGAGCUGACCUCUGGCGUCUUCACUGACUUCUCUGGGGACUACGCAGAGCAGGUGGAGACGGCACCAGCCUUCAAGUCCCUGCAGAAGCAGGUGGGGACGCCGGACUCCCUGGAGUCGCUGGACAUCCCCUCCACAGGCAGUUCCUGCGAGGUCUGCAGCCCCACCGCCUGCGCGCCCGGCCAGCCCAGGGCCCUCGACAGCGGCUACGACACCGAGAACAAUGAGUCCCCCGAGUUUGUCCUCAAAGAGCCCCACGAACCUCGAGAGCCAGAGACCUUCAGCCAGCUGGGGAAGCCACCCCCGGGGCUGCCAGGGGGCGAGGGUGAGGGUCCGGCUCCUGAAACACGGCUCUCCACCGCCCUCGGGGCUGAGCUGCACAGCCUCUCCGAGAAGAACCCCUACCGCGACUCUGCCUACUUCUCCGACUACGACACCGAGGCCGAGCGUGGCCCCAAGGAUGAGGAGGACAGCGAUGGGUCCCGGACCCCUGAGGCAGAGGAGGGUCCCCAGUCCCCCGUGCAGGACCUGGGACAAACCCCUGUGUUGGGAGAAGACCCGCUGCACCCCCCAGGGGCGCCCGGCAGCCCCCCGGCUGCGCUCAGCAUGGUGCUGGCAGCGGAUGCGCCUUUGGCGGGGGUUUCGGUGGGGGACUGGCAGGGGGCAGAGACUGGGAGCACCCCGGCCAGCCCCAUGGGACAAGCGCCUGGCACUGAGCAGCGACCCGCCGGCACGGGGCUGGCACCGGGCAGCUCCCCGCACCCUGAUGGAGCCACCCGUCCCCCGCCCAAGACUUUCCUCUUGACCCCGGUGCCAGUGAGCUCCGGGGAGCCGGUGUCCACUGGAGGGACCCACGUGCCCGAGAGUGUCCUUGGGCUUGGGGGAGCUGCAGCCGGGACUGAACAGACUGUGUCCCCUGCACCGCGGAUUGGGGAACUGGGGCUGCCUCCAGAGGGAACUGGGGUGGGUGAUGCACCAGGGGGUCCCAGCACGCUGCUACCAAGGGGUGAGUCGCCCCCUGGCCUCUCCCCACUCCCAUCCCCCCGGGAGCCGCGUCCAGCCGCCCCCGAGCGCCACGAGGAGCCGGAGGAGGAGGAGGAGGACACGGAGGACAGCGAUGAGUCGGAUGAGGAGCUGCGCUGCUACAACAUCCAGGAGCAGAGCGAGGAGAGCGAGGAGGAGCCGGCGGCCGUCCCCAUCGUGGUGGCCGAGAGCCAAAGCGGCAGGAACCUGCGCAGCCUCCUCAAGAUGCCCAGCCUGCUGUCCGAGGCCUUCUGCGAGGACCUGGAGCGCAAGAAGAAGGCCGUCUCCUUCUACGACGACGUUACCAUCUACCUCUUUGACCAGGAAAGCCCCACGCGGGAGCUGAGCUUCCCAGAGCCCCCCCAGCCUUCGGGGCAGCCCCCCGCUGGCAGCAGCCCCCCCAGCCCGGCGGGCAGGCCGGGAGCCUCGGACGACUCCUCGGACGGCAACGCCUCGGAAGAGAGUGGUGGCUUCGAGUGGGACGACGAUUUUCCGCUCAUGCCGGUGAAGCCGUCCCUGAUGUCCUCGCUGACGGGGACUCCGGUGGAGCCCGACCCGGCUGUGCCUGCACUGUCGGCUGUGGUGCCGGCACAGAAGCAGGUUCUGCCCAUCCAGUUCUCCCGGUUCACGGUCUCGCCCGCCCCGGUGUCCCGGUUCUCCAUCACCCACGUCUCCGACUCGGACAUGGACUCCAUAGGAGGCAGCAGCGAAGACGGCGAGCGGGAGUGAGGCAGCGGCGCCGGGCAUCACUCCGGCACUGGCACCGGCGCGGGCAGCGGAGGACGGCAGGGCCGGAGGGGGUCCGGCCGGCGGCUCCCGACCGUGCGCUGGUUUUUAUAGGCAGAUUUUAUCAGAAGUGGCUGGUUUGCUGCUGUGAGUGGGAGUGGAGCCGCCGGGGCCAGGCGGUGGGUGCCGGCCGUGCGUGUGCGUGUGCGGGUGGCUGUGUGUGUGCGUGUAAAAAUAGACACACAUAUAUAUAUAUAGACAUAUAUAUAUAUAAAUUAUAGCAUUUAAAGGGUAGUGCCCUGACCUCGCUAACAUUCGCGGAGUGUCCCCCGCAGUGAAGUCCCCCCCUUGGCGUCUUGCCCACACGUGCUCCCCGAGGCAGCGUUUGUCCCCACACCCCCAUGCCACCCCCUGUCCCCUGCACUUGGCCUUGCCCCUCGGUGCCAUAGCCCCACACGGCGGCUCGGCUGCCCCACGGCUGCCCCACAGUGAUCCCGAGCUGCUGCUUGAUGUCACCCUGUGUGUCCCCUCUUGUGCUCCUGCUCCUGGGGUGGGCAGCACAAUUCGGGGGGGGCUCAGGGACGGGGAGCUCCCCCCUCCCUUGCUUUUUGGGGAGCAGACCUGGCCCGGUGAGGGGCCCCAAGGGCUGGGGAGCAGCACGGGGAGGGCGGGCAUGGGUGGUCCUGGCUGUCCCCCACAGGGUGGCGCCCCCCCAACCCAGCUAUUUUUGUAUUUAAAGAAAAGGAUUUAAAAAAAGAACAAAAAAACAACAAAAACCAAACCCACCCUGGAAAAAACAAAACCAAAACUUAAUGUUGACUGAACCCACAUUGAUGUGAUUUUAAGUUGUUGCUGCCAAAGAGAUGUAACGAGUCGGGGGGGGCGGGGGGGGCACUCAUGGUUCUUUGUUCUGUUUAUUUUUAUUUGUUUGUUUGAUAUCUUUUUAAGUUCAUUUGAGGCUUAGGAUAAUUGUGCAAUUCCAGCUUCCAGAGGGAAAUGGAAGUAAGCAGAGCUGAGCGAAACCUUGAAAUCAGGGCUGGCUCCUUUCGGGUCUAUAGACCAAACCCUGAGGUGAGAAAUGCCCCCCACCCCGGCCCCCCUCGCCCCCCCGCCCCAUGUCCUCAGCUGCCCCGCGCACGGGGGACAUACGUGUUCGUGCACGGGGGACACACGUGUUCGUGCACGGGGGACACGCGUGUUCGCGCACGGACACACACGCGUGCGCAGCCGCACCCACACGGACAGGGCUGGUGCCGGGGGCUCCGUGUCCCAGCGCUCAGGAGGCUGCUGGGAGGGGUGUGGGGGCUGUGCCCCCCACCCAGGGGACAGCCUGGUGCUGGGGCACCCCAGCUUCACCCCCAAAUCCCGGGCGGCUGUGCCUGCCCCAUUAUUGCCCCCCACCCUGGUUGCUUCUCCUGCUGCAGCCAGUCACCGACAGCAAUUAUUGCUUUAUAGACGUGUUUUAUUUAAGCUCCAACCUGGCCUGUGACACCCCCAUACCCCAUGUCCCCCCGCCCAGUGCUGCUCUUGCAAGUUCUUUGCUGAACACUUUGGGGGGAGGGGGCGGUGUGGGGGCCGUCACCCUGUGCUGGCGGGUGACACGGGCGCAGCACCCAGCCGUGGGGUGCAGGAUGCGCCCGGGGGGUGCCUGGGGUGCCCUUCCCACAGCACCCACCCUGCUGCGCCCCCACCCUCCGCCGCCCCGCUGGCAUUGCCAGGGUUCGCUCCGCAUUGUGUGUGGGGGUUUUGCUUGACCCCUUCCCCGAUACCCCUGCUCCCCCCUCGCACCCAGGGCAGUUGGACGCUGGUCCUGCCCCCCCUUGUUUCGCCCCCGCAGCCCGGGUUUGGUCUAUGGUGCCGCAGGUCCCUGCCUCUGGAGGGCAGCAUGAGGACAGAACUGUGUCUUGGAUAUUUUUUUUAAUAGAAAGGCUAUUAUUACAUUGUCUAUUUUAUCAAUACGGGUCAUAAUUGCUGUAUUUUUUAUCAGUGCUGAUGUCCAUACAGCUCCCAGCAUGUGUGUCAAAUAUCAUCGGGCCAAUAAUAAAGUUUUUAAAAUAUCUUAA